CUUUUUUUUGCAAUGGUAAGUAUAAGAAAGGUGUAAAUCGCACGAUGUCUGAUGCCGGAAAGUGUUCUCUAUCAGAUUCUGGCAUUAAAUACUUCGUGUUGUUACUAUCACAACAUGACCGGCCCUACAGAGGAACCGACUGGAAGACAGCUGUUCAUCAAUGGCAAGUUUGUGCCAUCAUCAAACAGAAAGGUCUCCGAGUUAACUAGCCCCUGUACCAAUGAGAAAGUGGCGGAGAUCUAUGAAGCCAACGAGGUAGACGUAGAUGCUGCUGUUGCUGCGGCCAGUGUCGCAUUCCCAGCAUGGAGAGAUGUCUCCCCGGCAGACAGAGGUGUCUUCCUGCGAAAGAUGGCCUCACUUAUUCAGGUUCAUGAGGAAGAGUUUGCACACUUGGAAGCUUUGUCUACCGGGAAGCCGGUGUCUCGUUAUAUCGAUUCCAGGAUGGCCAUUGAGACGUUCAAUUAUUUUGCGGAGGCUGGAUGGACUGCUCAAGGGUCAUCCAGUAGAAAUACGCCCGGCCACCUCAAUAUCACGGUGAAAGAACCGUACGGGGUCGUGGCAGCCAUCAUCCCAUGGAAUGUACCACUCGCGUCCUUCGCCACGAAGAUCGCACCGGCGGUGGCAGCUGGAAACACCAUUGUUCUGAAAAGCAGCGAAAAGUCGCCUCUGACUAUUGGUUUGGGGGCCAAGCUGAUUGCCGAGGCCGGAUUCCCACCCGGCGUUGUGAAUAUGCUUCAUAAAUAUGGCCCGACCACCGGCAACGCGAUAGCCUCACACAUGGACGUUCGCUGUAUCAGCUUCACCGGAUCUAGCUUGACAGGACGGAAGAUCCAAGCCGCUGCGGCCAAGUCUAAUAUGAAAACCGUACACAUGGACCUGGGGGGGAAGACCCCUGCCCUUAUCUUUGAGGAUGCGGGCCUGGAAUCUGCAGCUGAGCAGACUCAAUUUAGUGUCCAAUUCUCCAGUGGACAAACCUGUAUCGCCAAUUCACGCAUUUACGUACAAGAGACUGUAGCUGACAAGUUCCUUGCGAUUUUCAAGGAUAAAUUUGGCGCUGCUAUACUUGGAAACCCCUUGAAUAAAGCAACGGAUCAAGGAUCGCAAGCCGAUAGAAUUCAGUAUGAGCGGAAUGGAAACUUCAUCAAGCCCACUGUGUUCGAGGAGGUGCCGGAGGAGUCGCAGAUCAUGAAAGAGGAAGUUUUCGGUCCUGUGGUAGUGAUCAAUACAUUCGGAAAAGAAGAUGAGGCCAUUGCAAAAGCCAACCAUAGUGAAUUCAGCUUGUAUGCAUCCGUCUUCACCAAGAAUAUCGACCGGGCUAUGCGGGUAUCGAAAUUGCUUGAAGCCGGGACCGUUGGCGUCAACUGCACAAGUCCCUCCAUGGCGAAGGAUAUGCCAUUUGGAGGCUGGAAGGGCAGUGGUAUCGGUCGUGAGGUUUAUCUGCAUAGCAUGGACAGCUAUCUGGAGACUAAGUCCAUUUUGAUCAAGACAAGCUAA